AUGUCGUCCACUCAGUCAGACUCUUUCAAUCCCUCGGGACCAGCUCGCCAAACUGGCCUGCAGCUUGAUCGCCAUCCCCUCGAUCCGCUCUCCGCUCAAGAGAUCGCCGCGGUUUCGCUCAUUGUUCGUAGCCACUUUGCUGCACGCACUUCGGUCAAGGCCAUCAAGUUUUGCAGUUCGCUCCUCAUUCCUCCCGUCAAGGCUGCUGUGCUCUACGCACUCGGCCUGCCGCUUCCCCGUGAUGCCCAGCUCGAUGAUCGCAAAGCGCUCCAAAUGCUUAGCCGACGCGCUGAGGUGCAGCUCAUUGACGUCGUCACCGGAGACGCCUACGAGGUCAACGUCGCCAUCGCCAACGACCUUCCUCUCCCCGGCCGAGACGGCAAGUAUGCUCCUUCCACCGCCGAUGCUCUCGGCAAGGUUGAGAGCAUCAAGAAGCUCGAUGUGGGAGUUCAGCCAGGUCUCACCCCCGAAGAGGUCAAUGAAGCCGAAAGCAUUGUGCGAGCCGACCCGCGCAUCAUCGCCAUUGCUCGAGAGGUUGGCAUUGAGCCUGAAAACCUCUGGGCUGAUGGCUGGUCGCUCGGCUACGAUGAUCGUUUCGACAAGAGUCUCCGCGUCCAACAAUGCCUUGUCUACGCUCGAAAGAGUGAACACGAAAAUAUGUAUGCUCACCCCAUGGACUUUUAUCCUGUUCUCGACUGCAACGCCGGCAAGGUAAUCGCUAUCGAUUUUCCUGGUCACCGAGACCCAGUAACGGGCAAGCUCUCUACGCCCAACGGUACAACCAAACCUGGCCCGCUUACCAUGGAUGCGGAUCAGGCGCUAGCUUACUCUGGCCGUAAGCGUAUCCCUCCUCCCAUGGAGUCGUUCGACUAUCUGCCCGAACUCAUGGCACUCGACCCCAAGAUGCCUCCUCUCCGAACCGAUCUCAAGCCGCUUCACGUUGUACAGCCUCAAGGUGUCAGCUUCAAGCUCAACGGCAACGAGCUCGAAUGGCAAAAGUGGAAGAUGCACAUUGGCUUCCAUCCUCGUGAUGGCCUUGUUCUCUCUACAAUCAGCUACAACGAUAAGGGCAACGUUCGUCCAAUUGUCUACCGCAUGUCGGUCGCCGAGAUGGUGGUUCCCUACGCUUCCACAGAGCACCCUCAUCCGCGCAAAUUUGCCUUUGAUGUCGGAGAGUACGGCAUGGGUACGCUCGCCAACAGUCUCAAGCUCGGAUGUGACUGUCUGGGAACCAUUCACUAUCUGGAUGGCCACUAUGUCGCCCUCGAUGGCAGCCCCACCGCAGUAGAGAAUGCCAUCUGUAUUCAUGAGGAAGAUGCUGGUAUCGCAUGGAAGCACACCGACUACCGACCUGGCGGAAAAGUGCGUUCGGCUCGCGGUAGGAAGCUGGUGGUGCAGAUGAUCUGCACCAUCGCCAACUACGAGUACAUCUUUGCCUACAUGUUCCACACGGACGGUAGCAUUCAGCUCGAGACCAAGCUUUCGGGUAUUCUCAACCUCUACGUCAAGGAUCGGGAAGAGCCUAACCCAUACGGUGUCGAGGUGGCGCCUCAGGUAAAUGCGCACUACCACCAGCACAUCUUUGCUCUCAAGAUCGAUCCCAUGGUGGACGGUUGUGAGAACACGGUGAUCCAGACCGAUUGCGAGCCAACACCGGCACCCACCGGAUCGGAUCGCAACUACCUCGGCAACGGCUUCGUCACUGUCAAGACGCCGAUCAACGUUUCGGGUGGCUACGACUGGGACUGGUCCCGCCAUCGAACCUGGGCCAUCUACAACACAAACAAGAAGCACUACGCUGCCGGCUUGCCGGUUGGCUACAAGAUUCACACACGCGACUGGGAGCCAUUGGCGUUGCAGAAGGACUCGAUGGUGGCACAGCGAGCAGAAUUUACCAAGCACUCGCUAUGGGUGACCAAAUUCGACGAGGACAGACUUUGGCCGGCCGGCAAGUACGUGCCUCAACAGCGCGGAACCGCACCGGACUCGAUCGGUCACUGGGCUAACGAAAAGAACAAGGUGGACGACGAGGAGAUCACCGUACACGCCAUCUACGGCAUCACGCACAUCCCUCACGCCGAGCAAUUCCCCGUGAUGCCCGUAGAGCACUUGAACGUAUGGCUCAAGCCAGCCAACUUUUUUGACUUCAACCCCGCACAGGACCUGCCAGCCCUCAACGAUCCCUUCUCGAAGAGCGCAUUUGGUAGCAAUACGGGCAAGCCUCAACUCGAAGUCCAGUCCAACGCACCUGCUCCGGCGUCAAGCGGGAGUGCAGCUUCAACAGGAGGCUGCUGCUCGAGCAAGAAGUCUGCCAACGUUUCGGUUCCUCAACCAAGGCAAGGUAUCAGCUUGUCGGCUCCAUCCAAGGGUGCGUCCCGCUCGGCAUCUGCUGCUCCUUCCCACCCACAGAGCUGUGCUUGCUGCGCUAGCGACGGCUCAAGUCGUCUGUAG